UGUGCUAGUGUGGCUAAUAGUGGCCACACCAUAUGGCAUGUUACGACUAAAUUAAAUAUAGGUAACUAUCUGCAGUAAUUAUAGUCAUUAAUACAAUUUCUAGAAAAUCAGGGGCAUCGAUUACGCGAAUUACGAGAGAAGGGCGGUCCUCCUAAGAUUUUAGGCUGCCAAAGAAAAGCAAACCAAAAAUAAAUAAAAAAGAAGAUACAUUGACUGUUUUGACCUAUGUGUGAUACGUAAAAAAAUACAUGAAUUUUAAACGGAAAAUAACAAGUACCGACGAUUAAUAAAAUGUGGACACCAAAUAUUUGGAUUCUGAUUUUGAUUACGGCGAAUAAAAGUAUGUUCAUUGUUCAGACUAUGCUGAACUGUUACCAUAUAAAUGAGAAAAAUAGCGCCCUCUUGACAAUGAUCAUAUCCUUAAAAGUUAUCGAUUUUUUUAUUUUCAAUAAAAAGACGUCAAGAUUAUUUACCUUUUUUCUAAUACUAAAAAAAACGAAGUGUAGUGUAGUGAAAAAUAUACUUCUUCUAUUGAAAAUUACUUACGGAAGGAAUCAUACAAAUCCAUAACAAAUCCAAUAAGCUUGGCUGAAAGGUUUGGAUCCAGGGGGCCUACCGCGAAAAUGGAAGUUCAUCAAUUGCGGGCAUUUUUCUCUGUCACACUAAUUAGGUCUUAGUGAGAGUAAAAGAAAAAGAUCCCCGCAAUUGGCGAAUUUCGUGCAUUUUUCUCUGCCACUAUAAUUAGUAAUUACGUCUUAGUAAGAGUAAAAGAGAAAGUCCCCGCUAUUUGCGAUUUUCGGCUUUCGCGGUAGGCCCCCAGGGCUAUAACUGCGAAAAUCGAAGUUCGUCAAUUGCGGGCAUUUUUCUCUGUCACUCUAAUUACGUCUUAGUCAGAGUAAAAGAGAAAGCUUCCCGUAAUUUACGAAUUUUGGUUUUCGCGGUAAGCCCCCAGAUCUAAAAGAAAAGUCAGUUGUCAAUUGUCAUAUCAAAGUUAAUGAGUUGUUAUUUUUGUUAUUGUUAUACAAGUUCUCCGAGCCGAGCUUGCGAGUGCUAGUAAGGUGAUGUUUGUUCUUCGUAGUGUAAUCAUUUAUUUAUUUACCAUUCGUAGUUCAUAUUGCCUUACCUUUAUAUUUCUAAAUAAAUAGGUACCUACGACAAUAACAAGAAAUAAUCAUGAACUGCUUAGAGAAUGUGACUAUGCCGAAUUUCGUAUGGUUCGAAGGGGGAGAAAGGCGCAAUAUUUUUGCGUCCAUGGCUGCAGGUUUUCUGUUCUUUACAGGAUGGUGGUUUAUAAUUGACUCAGCAUCAAAGUACCCUAAUGAACUACCAAGUGCAGCUUAUGCCUGUGGAGUGAUGGCUACCAUAUCCCUGAUUAUGGUCAACUCUGUUUCAAAUGCACAGGUGCGAGGAGAGACAUACACGGGGGGCUGUAUGGGGCCUCGUGGCGCGAAGCUCUGGCUCUUCAUUGGCUUCGUCGUGGGUUUUGCGUCACUCAUUGCUGCUAGCUUGACACUGCUUGCCAAAUAUGUAAAAACUGGUAAAUUGAGUUCAGAUGUGACCAAACACACCUGGGUGGGCGUGAGCCUGCUACUGCAGAACGCGUUCAUCUUCGCCGGCUCACUGGCCUUGAAGUUUGGCCGCGUCGAGGACCUGUGGGGCUAAACCUGUCAAGUAAACUUCUUAUAUCUAAUAAGUUCGUAAAUAAGUAUUGCCUUUAUGAAACGAAUGCCUUAAGUAACGGUCCGUAAAAUGGAAUGAGAUUGAAAUAUAGGGUGACUUUGAUCAUGUUUCUAAGUGAAAAUGAAAGUUCCUUUAUAAUAUAUACUAUGUUGCAGCUAGCAUUUUUCAUUUAUAAUGUCUGCAAGGUGCCUUAAGAGGUGCGUUUAGGCUACAGUAACCGUUUUUAAUUGUGAAAUAAUUAAGUCACCCCAUUUGAUGGCACAAGUAAUGUUCAGCUUCAAAUUGCUAUUGAGUAAGAAUAAAGGCACACACAUAUACAAGUUAAACCUUUAUUAUAAGAAAUACAUUCAAGUUUAUUUGGCUCGGUCUGACAGGUUGUACAAUACGCAACUAUUUCUAACUUCUAUCUUAACCGAAAGUGGUUACAAUUAUAUUCUGCAAUCGAAUGAUCAUUGAAUUCGUUGAAAUUACCUAUGUCUAAAUACCUAUGUGUGAUAAUUGUGUUUAAAUGUCAAAUGAAUUUUGUCACCAAUGGAUGUUGAAAAAUGUUUCUCGUCGAACCAAACUUAGGUGAGUACAACAUACUUUGAUAAUGGCUACAUUUGUACUUAUUUCAUUUAAACAUAUCUCAGUAGCUUUUGUAACUAGUUAAUUAUUUAAUAUUAUAUUAUGUACCUAGGCAUAGGCAUGGACUAAUCAUAAUUAAAUAUGACGUAGUAGGUAUGGUAGAUUUAGUUAUAUGUAAGAUACUUAUAUCUUUUGUCAACAUUACGUGAAACUAAUAAAAAUACCUCAUUUUCUAUGUUUAUAGAAUUAUUAUGCCACCUAUAGUGCUCACUUGAGAUCUUAUUUGUAAGUUAGUCUUAAGAUUUUAAUAUCAAUUUACUCAGAUUGUACAUCAACGUCAAAUAUACAAUUGUACUUCCUUGAUCGUACAGACUUGAACUUGCCGCCUAAUAUAAGCGGACUAGUAUAUACCUAUUUAUAAAUUAAUUUGUGUAACGAAUUUACUAACCACAUUAUACAAGGAACGAGUUCACACUAGAGAUACAAAACGUUAUGUGGAUAUGGAGACAGACUUUCAGCCCAUACUGCCGUUAAAUUAAGACUGAUGUUUGAAUAUUUUAUGUUAAAUAUACUUAGAUAAUUACAUAUAUAACUCAUUUGCGGGUGAAUAUAUUUUAAUAUUUUAUUAAUAAAAAUAUUUUAGUAAGUAUAA